AGCCCACCAACGACCAGGCUAAGAACGGCUUCAACGCUGUCAAGAGGGCCAUUGACGCCGAAGCCCAGGCCGACGGUGUGACGGGCGAUCCCAUGGGAGGACUCGGUGGAAUGUUCAACGAUCCUCAGCUUUUCCAGAAGCUCGCCGGCAACCCCAAGACCGCUCCCCUGCUGGCCGAUGCCGACUUCAUGGCCAAGCUCAAGCGCCUGCAGCAGAACCCCAACGACAUCGGCCAAGAGAUCGGCGACCCCCGCUUCUUGCAGGUCAUGAGUGUGUUGCUGGGUAUCGAUAUGAACUUUGGAGCUCCCCCGGCGGAGGCCGCUGCUUCCUCUAGCGCUGCGCAGGAGGCUGAGGAGGAUGUGCCUAUGCCUGAUGCUCGUCCCGCUGCUCCCAAGCUUGGUAACGAUUUCUACAAGAAGAGAGAGUUUGAUGAGGCUAUUGAGCACUACAGCAAGGCUUGGGAGUUGCACAAGGACAUCACCUACCUGAACAACCUCGGUGCCGCCAAGUUCGAGAAGGGCGAUCUUCAGGGUGCCAUCGAGACCUGUCAGAAGGCUGUCGAGGAGGGUCGUGAGCUCAGAGCCGACUUCAAGGCCAUUGCUAAGGCCUUUGCGCGUAUCGGUACCGCAUACGAGAAGCUUGGCGACCUCGGCCAGGCCAUCGAGUUCUACCACAAGGCGCUGACUGAGCACCGUACUCCCGAUGUUCUCACGAAGCUGCGCAACGCGGAGAAGGCCAAGGCCAAGGCUGAGAAGGAGGCCUACGUCGACCCUGCCGAGGCCGAGAAGGCCCGCGAACUCGGCCAGGCCAAGUUCCAGGAGGGUGACUGGCCCGCCGCGGUGGAUGCCUUCACCGAGAUGACCAAGCGCGCCCCCGAGGACCCCCGCGGGUUCUCCAACCGCGCUGCGGCCCUCAUCAAGUUGAUGGCUUUCCCCCAGGCCGUGCAGGACUGUGACGAAGCUACCAAGCGGGAUCCCAAGUUCAUUCGGGCGUACAUGCGCAAGGCGCAGGCUUUGGUUGCCAUGAAGGAGUACAACAAGGCUCUGGAUGUCUGCACGGAAGCUUCGGAGCACGACGACGGCACUCACGCUCGGGAGAUCGAGCAGCAGCAGCAGAAGUGCUUGGACGCUCAGUUCAGCGCCCGUGCCGGCGAGACCGAGCAACAGACGAUGGAGAGAAUCCAGAACGACCCUGAGAUCAUGUCCAUCCUGCAGGACCCUAUCAUGCAGACCAUCCUCCAGCAAGCCAAGAGCGACCCCGCCGCCCUCCAGGAGCACAUGAAGAACUCCCAGGUGCGGAUGAAGAUCCAGAAGUUGAUGGCCGCCGGCGUCAUCCGCAUGGGUCGGUGAGCAAGCCAGUAGUGGAGUAGUGGAAGGAGGUAGUGAUGACGGAGACACGGAUGGGAGAAAUUUGUGACUUGCGGUUAUUAUUUAAUCUGUUAUGAAAAGCGUUCUCUACGGGGCCCUCUUGAUGUAUUUUUUUUUCUCGUUGUUAUUUUACGGCAGUGACGAUGCAUUUGAUAUCAGAUCGAUGAAAUGACAUGCUUUGAGAUGUGUAUUUCUACUGGCUUUCUACUCCCUCCUGAUAGUGUAUAUAAUAGUCAGCAAGCACCAACUGAACUGUUGAGUGGUCGAUAUAUCCUGUAU